AUGGAGGAAAUAAUCAUCCACAUGAUCAUCAUCGCGCCACUAACAAAGUGGCUAAUGGGACCGAAUAGGUCUUGGAACAAGGGAAAGCGAGAGUACGGAGUGUACAUCGCACUGACGCUGCUGUUCUGUGUGGGCAUAUACGAAUUGAGAAAAACGAAUCAAAAUUUGUACGAAGUCCUACAAUUAAAUGCUUACGCAACAAAGACAGAUAUUCAGCAGGCCUACAGAAGAAUGUCCCGAGUGUACCAUCCGGACAAGAACAAAGAACCUGAUUCAUUUGAGCGAUUUAAUAAAAUAAGAGAAGCAUACGAAAUCUUAACAAAUGAAAAAAAAAAAUAUAUAUAUGACAGAUUUGGAGAUUUUGCUGGUAGUGAAAUUACCAACUUUUUUUAUGUGGAAAUAAUUAUAAUAGCCAUAUUUCAAUUUGCCAUUUCAUUUAUAUUUGGCUUUUUGUAUACCUAUGGCAAAGACAAUGAAAAGUAUCGAAUUUUAAUUUGUUUGUAUAUUGGUUUAAACUUUUGUAUAGAGUUGAUAUUCAGAUUUAGCACCGAGAGUACUCACUUCCUUUCCUUUCUUCCCAUUUUUUGUCACUACACUCCUUUCGAGAGGAUCCAUUCUCUGAGGGUGCUAGUCCCCCUUGUGAUGAAUGCCAUUCUACUGGUUGACGUGUACUUUGUUGAUGAAGACACCGACCUGUACGUUUCCACCUUUUGCGAAUAUGUCUUUGAGAACAGCCACAAAACUAUAAAGAACUUGGACGACGCGGUUAUCUUCUGUGCCCGUUUGGUCGAUGGCAAAGUGAGCAAGGCAAACAACUUUUCCUGGAGAGAAAAGGAUCCCUACAGCGACAUUGCCAACGUUGACCAACUGGAGGAUGAAGAAACGUAUGACAAAAAGUGCGAAAGAAAUGAUUUGUUUUAUAGGCUUUUACAUAGCGUGAUCGAAACGAGCACAGAGGAAGUGGACUUGAAAAUUCCCAAAAAGGCUCUCUGCCGUCGUUUUGACUGGUCCAGAUUUUACACGCAAAGCGUUAUGGAGAAGAACACCGAGGAGAAAGACUUCGAACAGAGCAACGCGUCCAAAGGAAUUCUAUUUUCAUCUCUGUUGUACUUUAUUGGUUUGAUAUCUCAUUUGGUAUCCAAGUGA